AUGAAUCAAAAGUCCUCUGACGACAUACAGUCCCUGAAAGAUAAGGUGCGAUAUCUACAAGAGGAAAACGACAACCUUAAAUGCAAGCUGAAGUUCUGCGAAAAGUUCACCAACGUCAGGACAUGGAUUGACCAAUUCAUCGCAAAACAAAAAGCGAAUAAGCAGCUGUCGUCGUCAUCCGAGUCGUCAUCUGACGUUAUUGCCACUGUCAGCAAAAUCGAUGAGCCCCCUCGCAACUGCAGUGAGGCGGCUAAGUUGGAAUCUAAAAUCGACUUGGAAAACCCAUUGUUUAUCGAGGCUCAAUUUCCAAUAACCGAAAAGGUUAUUGAUAGUAUCCCCUCCAAAAAUAAAAAAUCCGACAAACGCUUUGUCGCUGCUCUUUUACGUCUUAUGUAUCCGGAAGAAUAUCUUGCAACACACACUAUGGGUGCCAACCUCACUGGUAAACCAUCAAUGGAUGAAAAGGAACUAACACAAAUAAUUGACCAAACUCUUAUCUACUUUAACUACAUCAAACUUCCCAAAAAUGAAAAGGACGAAAAGAUUUCCGUUAUUAGAAAAGCCAUCACCACAACUCUGAAUAACAUCAAACAGAAGAAUAGAAAAAAAUAG